AUGCUGAAACCCUCCAAUAUUAAAAGCCUCCUGGACGAGAUACGAUCCGAAAUCUGCGCGUCACGGAGCGAGAUACUGUCCGAGCUUAAAACGCUUCAGUCAACAUUACAAGCACACGAGGUGAAGUUGCAAGAGGUCGGUGAUUCACUUACCGAUGUGGACGCACGUGUCGGUGCUCUGGAGGCCUUGUGCGCUGAUCUGGUGCAGGAAAACGCUAAGAUGAAGCUGAAGCUGGAGGAUCUUAAAAACCGCUCCAGACGGAAGAACAUCAGGGUGAUAGGAGUCCCCGAGCGAGAAGAAGGACCCCGUCCCGCUGCGUUCAUGGAGGCGUUCCUGCUCGAGGUUUUAGGGAAGGAGAGCUUCGCCAGAGCCCCGGUCGUAGACAAGGCGCACCGAUCGCUAGCUCCGCCGCUGAGGCAGAACCAGCCGCCGCAACCCUUCAUCGGAAUUCACCACUUCCAGACGAAGGAACGUAUUCUACGCUUGUCGAGGGAAAAGGGCCAACUGUUCUUCAGAGGAGCGAGAGUGCAUUUCUAUCAUGAUUUCACCGUGGAAUUGGCCAAGAAACGGGCCGCUUUUAUCCCGGUCAAAGGCAGGCUGCGCGAGGCUGGGCUGGAAUAUGCUCUGCUACACCCAGCUCGGCUCUGCGUCGUUUAUGGUGGGAAGAAGCAUUUCUUUGAUUCGCCUCCGGAGGUCACCACCUUCCUGCAGCAAAAGACCCCGCAGCCGCCAGCUCCCAUCAGCCCGGCUGCUCCAAUCAGGAAAUGCGUUGACACGUGUGGAAAGGAGGUCAAACCUGGAGACCUGAUCCAGAUCUUCUGUGAUGGUUGGAGUAACCACUGGGCUGUUUAUGUUGGUGAUGGAAACAUUGUUUACCUCGUACCACACGAGUUGUGGGCUGGUAAGGGCGAAGUGUUGAAAGAGAAAUUGGAGGACGUGGAGAAGAAGGACAAGUGGAGAGUCAACAAUUUCCUGGAUGAUAAAUACACACCUCGUCCAGCUGUUGUUAUCGUGGAGAAUGCCUGUUCACUGGUGGAUACAAAACUGGAGUACGACCUGGAGAAGUACAACUGUCAAAACUUCGCCACUGAGAUGCGCUACGGCGAGCCUGAGAGUCGGCAGGUGAAGGACGCAGCAGCAGCAGCACCGGUAGCAGCACCGGUAGCAGCACCGGUAGCAGCACAGGGAGUAAUGGAAGCAACAGCGCCGGAAGCAUUAGCAAGGGGAAACUUGGCGUCUUUUUUUCUUGCUUCCAGCAGCUUAGCCACUUCAAUCAUCAAAUACUCUGACAAGGAUGGAACGGAGAUCAAACCUGGAGACCGGAUUGAGUUUUUCCAUGAUUUGUUUAAGCACUGGGCUGUUUAUGUUGGUGGUGGAAACAUCGUUCACUUCGGAAAACCCGGGUUUUGGUCUGGUAAGGGCAAAGUGUCGAAAGAGAAGCUGGAGGACGUGAAGAAUAACUACCAUAGAGUCAACAAUCUCGUGGAUCAUAAAUACACACCUCGUCCAGCUGAUGAUAUCGUGAGAGAUGCCUGUUCAAUGGUGGAUGCAGAACUGAAGUACAGCCUGUUGAAGUACAACUGUGAACACUUCGCCAAUGAGAUGCGCUACGGCAAGCCUGAGAGUCGGCAGGUGAAGGACGCAGCAGCAGGAAUAGCAGCAGGAGCAGGAGCAGUAGCAGCAGGAGUGGGAGCAGUAGCAGCAGGAGUGGGAUUAGUAGCAACAGGAGGAGGAGCAUUAGUAGUAGGAGGAGUAGUAGCAGCAGCAGCAGGAGCAGCAGUAGCAACAGCAGGAGGAGUAGCAGCAGCAGCAAUGGAGGAGCAGGAGCAACAACGGGCUUGUGAAAGCAGUUGUUGGACGUAAGGCAUUAAAAACUAAGUCAAAGUAACUUGCAUAUAAAUCCAUGAUUCAUAUUUCAUAAAGUUUGGUCAAAUCAACAUGACCUAACCUCAGAAAUGAAGGUGCCGGUUCAGACAAGAUAAUCAAUAAUGUUUUGUCUUCAACUGAGAGAAGAAAUCAAAUAUUUCAUCUGAUGUAAACAGGAAAAUGAUUGAGGCUGAUCAGAUGAAUCAAUAAUAAAAUUCAUACAUA